UGCAAUUGUUGUGGCGCUCGAAUUGUAACCCUAGCAUGAGGUUAGGUUUCAAAGUAUUACUGGGCCCCGGCCGUUUGCCGUGUGAGAUGAUGUGAAUUGACAGAAUGUCUACAUGCGAGAAUUUAGCUAGUGACGGUCUCUUACCUAGCUCCUGCCAACGAACGCUCAUUAGUCUAUGUUGCUAGUGCUAGAGGGUCUAACUGAUCAACAGCAGUGCUUGAGCAUCAUGUUUCGGGUUAAACCCACGCCCUAAUCGGCGCUCUACCGCCGAAAUCGGCGAGACUCACCGCCCUCGCCAGCACUUAAAAGUAAACUUUCCUUCAUCUGCCAAUAGCCGCUCAAAUUCCUUUUCUUCAGUGUUCACCGUCUCCCUAGACUUUUAGACUCAACCUUAGACUAAUGCUGGCCAUCAAUGCUGCUCGUCGUGCGCCUGCCAUUUUGCGCAGUGCUGCACCUCUUUCGACUUGGUCAGCCGUUCCUGCCGGCCCUCCUGACCCAAUUCUCGGUAUUACUGAGGCAUUCAAAGCCGACAGGGAUCCUCGUAGAAUCAACCUUGGUGUCGGUGCAUACAGAGAUGAGAACGGCAAGCCAUACGUUUUGAACGCGGUCAAGAAGGCGGAAGUGAAGAUCGCUGCUGCCAAACUCGACAAGGAGUAUCUCCCAAUCACCGGGUUGCCUGGCUUUACCAACAACGCAGCUAAAUUAGCGUAUGGUGCCGAUAGCGUGCCGCGGAACGAAAAUGCGAUUGCUGUGACGCAGUCAAUCUCUGGAACGGGUGCUCUCAGAAUUGGCGGUACUUUUCUUGCAAGACACUACCCACACUCCAAAACCAUUUACGUUCCUACACCCACAUGGGGCAACCACAUACCUCUCUUUAAGGAUUCCGGCCUGGAGGUCAAGUUUUACAGGUACUUUGACAAGAAAACUGUCGGUCUGGACUUUGAGGGCUUGAAAGAGGACUUGCAAAAUGCACCAGAAGGCGCCAUUGUGUUGCUGCAUGCUUGCGCACAUAACCCUACUGGAGUAGACCCCACUCAGGCGCAGUGGAAAGCUAUUUCGGACAUUAUUGCUGAGAAGAAGCUUUUCCCUUUCUUCGACAUGGCUUACCAGGGCUUCGCUUCGGGCUCGACUGAUCGCGACGCGUUCGCUGUUCGUUACUUUGUCUCGCAAGGUCACCAGAUUGCUCUCUCGCAGUCGUUCGCCAAGAACAUGGGUUUGUAUGGAGAGCGUGUCGGUGCCUUCUCUCUCACGACCGCCAGUGAAGAGGAGAAGAAGCGGGUGGACAGUCAAUUGAAGAUCAUUGUACGCCCGAUGUACUCGAACCCUCCGCUUCAUGGUGCCCACAUUGCCAACACGAUUCUAUCGGACCCUGAACUUUACCAAGAAUGGGAGGGUGAAGUAAAGGGCAUGGCGGACCGCAUUAUCAACAUGCGUGAACGCUUGUACCAGCUGUUGAGCAGUGAUCUUCGAACACCUGGGGAGUGGAGCCACGUAAAGAGCCAGAUUGGCAUGUUCAGCUUUACCGGACUUAAUAAGGAGCAAUGCAAAGUCCUUGCGGAGAAGGCGCACAUUUAUAUGACGAUGGACGGACGUAUUUCGAUGGCAGGAUUGAAUGGCAGGAAUAUCGAGUACUUCGCUAAGAGUGUGGAUGCAGCAGUUAGAGGUGACUUGUAGACUGCCGAGAAAUAGAUGUUCCUUUUUGGGUCCUUGUA